AUGCAAGAUCUCAAAGGCAAAGUUAUUGCCGUCACGGGUGCAGCAUCCGGAAUUGGUCUUGCAACUCCUCAACUGCUGUUCUCAGUCGGAGCCAAGUUAUCCUUGUCUGAUAGAUCACCCAUUCCACUUGAGAAAGCCACCCAAGCCCUUCUCGCCGCGCACCCAACCCGUGAUAAGCAAUACAUCAUGACAGCAGAGGUCGAUGUUAUAUCCAGCGCUCAAAUUACAUCCUGGAUCGAGGAGACUAUGGGCAAGGGCAAGAUCCGCGACCUGGCCGAUGAUAGCUGGGCUUUGUGUGUGGGCAUCAAUGCCACGGGUGUCUUCUACUCCAUGCGAACUAAGCUCAAUGCCAUGAUUAACGGCAGGAGCAUUAUCAAUCUGGCAAGUCUGGCUAGUCUAAUAGCAGUCCCUAGAGCUACAGAAUUCUCGGCCUCGAAGCAUGCAGUGGUUGGUCUUACAAAAACGGGAGCCAGAGAAGAGGGCCCAACUGGCAUCAGAGUGAAUGCAGUCGCACCUGGCACGAUAGAUACUGCAAUGACUCAGAAUGCUCCCCUGGAGUUUAUAGCAUUUCUGAAAGAAAGGGUUGCAAAGCAGCCCAUCUCAAGACAGGGACGAGCCGAGGAGGUUGAGGCGUUGAUUUGCUUUCUUCUCAGUGAAAGUUUGUCUUUUAUAACUGGUCAGAUUAUUCGCAUUGAUGGGGGGUUUUCAGUGUAA